GAAAAACCGACCAUUUGAUUGUUUUCCCCAAGUGAUGAAUCUUGAUUGUGAUGUUACACGUGGUGUUGGUUGAGAGACUAGAACUGACCGAAUUCAGUGAAGGGAAACAAUCAGCUUUCAGUUGGAUAUUUCCGAUGGAAGCUUCAUCCUUUUUCCAAUAACUAUGACUUCUUCUCCGUCACCUUCGUAUUUGAUGUAUGGUGACUCGGAACCUCCAUUUUUGGCCAUUGGUACUGAUGUUUCAGCUAAAUACAAGGGAGCCUUUUGUGAAGCUAAAAUUAAGAAGAUAAAUAAAUUUCUCAAAUGUAGAGUAACCUUCAAGAACAAUUGUGGCUCCGUGAUAGUGACCGAUGAACAUAUAAAAGGUAACCUCAGAGUUGGUGAACACAUUGAGGCUAAACAUCCGGAUAAAAAUAAAUAUCUAGAUGGUGUAAUAAAUAAAAUUAUCGAUGCUUCUCAGUACACAGUUGUCUUUGAUGAUGGUGACGAGAUAACUCUAAGGAGGACAAGCCUGUGUCUCAAAUCAGGCAAACACUUUGCUGAAUCUGAAUCAUUGGAUCAUCUUCCUCUGACUAACCCUGAACAUUUUGGAAAUCCUGUUAAAUUAGGUGCUAAAAGGGGACGGCAAAGACGUCGCCGAAAAAUAAUAACCUCAGCAGCGUCCAAUGCAUCUACUAUAUCUGAUGCUGAGAGUGAUGAUUCUGCAGAGAUUGAUGAAGGUUCAAGUAAAAGAGAAGAAUCGAUUAAAGAAGAGACAAAUGAGUCAUUAGCUGAUAUUGAUGAUUCUGAUAAAAAAGCCAACAGUCCUACCAAUGGUUCAGUUUCUUCGUCAACAGCUACAAAAAAGGGUAAAAGACGAGGUAAAACAGGUCGCAGGAAAAGCAGUAAAGUUGGUACAGACGACGAAGACGAUGGCGGUGACAAUGACGAUAAAAGCUUCGGUAAUCUGGACUCGGAAACAGAAUCAGAAGCAGAGUAUGAUGCCAAAAUACCCACCAUAUCUAAAGAUGUUGAUGUUGAUGUCGACAACCGUGUUAGAGUCAAAUAUGGCAAAGGAAAAGCUGUGAAAAUCUAUGAAGCAAAAGUGUUAAAGACCGACAAUGACCCCGAUCUCUUCAAAAGAAGAUAUUUUGUCCAUUACACCGGCUGGAAUGUUCGAUACGAUGAAUGGAUCAAAAGGGCUAGAAUUGUGGAAGUAGUGAAAGACAAAGCGGCCAAGCGUCGAGGCUCCAAAAUAAAAAAAGGUAUUUCAGUUGGUCAAGACAGUCCAGUUUCAGGGAAAGAUGGGCCAGAUGAAAUUCACAAAGAAACAUCAAAAGAAAAGAAAGAGACAAACAAGACAGGGACAGUUGCUAAAAGAGGACGACCUUCAUCAUCAUCUAUUGUUGAUAAAUUAAACGAUUCAAAGGACUCUACUGGUAAAAAGAAAAAAGGUGGUAAACGAAAAUUUAAAGGAGGAGAAUCAAUCGCUUCUCAAGACUCAAAUAAUCAAACUGUGGAUGAUGAUACUUCAAGUCAAUCAAAAGUGAAAAUUGAUGAAGAUGAAGAUGUAAAUGAAAGUGUUAAUAGGUCAAGUGAUGAAAUGAAACUUGAUGAGCUUCAUGAAAACUUACCUGAUAGAUGCGCUGAUACAGAAAUUGAAGACUGUGAAGAUACUAAACAAGAUGGUACAAGUGUCACAGAAAUGGAUCUUAAUGAUGAUAAAUGUGAAACCGAAGCUGAAUCGAUCAACGAAACAGUUGAAGUGUCUGAAUUAACUGUCUCAACAAGCGUCAAAGAGGAAACUCUCGACGAUAUUCCAGAACCAGGCAAGAUUAAAAUAACCGAAGAUCUGUUAACAUGUGACGAAAAUCUCGCCAAAUCUCCCAUGCGACCAGAUUCACCUGAGAGAACCUUAGAACCAGAGAACUGCCCUGUUUCCAAAGAAGAAGAGAGUAAAAAUGAUCCAUCAUUAAACUUUAGUGCAACAACAGAUGAUACUGUGUCAAAUGGAGAAGAUGAUGAAAAACUCAACAAAUCGACCACCAAUAAACGAAAAUCAAUCAAACAAUUAAAUUUAAAAGAAAAGGAAAAGGAAAAAGAAAAAGAUAGGAAAAGAAGUAGAGGAAGUGAUUUCAGUGAAGAAAGAAAAGAAAGAGUAGACAGUAAUGUUUCAGUGAAGAAAAAGAAACUCAAUUCUAAAAAAUCAGAUGAAUCUCACAUUGCUGAUGAAACUAAAAAGUCAAGCAAAGUUGGUAAGAAAAAACGUAAAUCGCCUCUUCCCGAUGAUAAAGAGCUUGCGAAAGACAAAGUACACGAGCUUCCAGUUGACUCAGAACUUGAAACCAAAAACAAAAAGAGAAAACUAUCUCUUAACAAAACAAAACAAUCUUAUGCUGAGCCACCGGUUAAAAAUGUCUCUUCUCCCGCUGGUGACGGUAAAGUGCGGGAAGGUCAUGCACCAAAAAAGAGGUUCAAAAAAGAUACUGAAGAGCUUAAAAGAAAAGAUAUCGAUCGAGGAAAGGAUAAAGAACAAGAAACUGAACAAGUCGUCGACAAAGAAAAACAAAUUGAAUCUGAAUUAAAAGACAAGAACAGUGAAAGAAAAGAAGCUGAUCAAGAUGAUGAAGAGAAUCAAGAAAUUGCGAGUCUCUUUGACAGUAAAUCAUCAAACGCACCUGAAGAAAUAAGUAAUACAAUCACUGUUUCAAUUGAAAAUAUUCAAGAACCCGGAGGCUCAUUUUUAUUGUGUAAAGAGGAAGUACCAGCGAGUCCGCCUGGUCACCAGGUAGAUGUCAUCGAAAAUAUUUCAACCCCUGUGCCAGUACCGAGUGUCACAACCUCUGAGACUUCGGCCAUUUCAUGCUUAUCAUCAACUCAACCCUCUUCAGCUCAUCCUGUAUGUCACUCAUCAUCAUCAUCUUCUUCAUCAUCAUCUUCAUCUUCAUCGUCCUCCUCUUCAUCAUCAUCAACAGCCACAUCAUCUUCGCAACCCAAUUUAUUGCCACAAGCAGAACUUAAAAAUAAUGCUGACCCAGAGCCAAUUCCAAAUCAUCAGGUGAAUAAUCGUGAUAAUAAUCAGUUCACCCCACCGACAACCCCUGAGAGCCUUAAAAGUGGGACACUUCCUUCAUCUUCACCACCUCAUGAAAGAGAAUCAAGUGACAAUGAAAAACACCAAAGCCAUUUACAAAAUGAUCAAAGAUUUGAAAUGGAAGUUUCUAAGACAUCGCUUGCCUCUGCCAUCAGUGCAUUAGAUUCUUUGGCAAAUGCAGCCUCUGGAGCCCCUCCUGCUAUUAUCAAAGAUUGUAACCUUUCAUCUCCUGCUCAGAAUACAUCCGAGGAUUCGUGCUCAAGGAAUAGUGUAAAUGAUUCUAAUAAGAAUGACAAGAUUACCACAGUCCAACCAUCGAUUUCACCCAAGAAGAGAAGAGGAAGAGUACGCACCUCAUCAACCUCAGAGAUGAAAGAAGGUAAAUCGAAUCAAUCUGUAGGGUGUAAAACAAGAGGCUCCAUCGGAAGGAAAACCCGUCAAUAUGGAGAAUCUUCGAAUGAACCUUUCACAUCGAAUGAUCCAAUAAGCGACUCUGUAUCAUUUCCAUCGCUCACUCUUUCCAAUUACAGUCCAAAUGCUUUUGUGUACAGUGUUAACCCAACAUCUAAAUAUAAUUAUUGUACUCCCAUCGACGAGAAUCUUGAAGCAGAGAAACGAAUACAAAUUUUACAAGAAAGACUACAAGACUUGCGGAAAACUUACAUUAAUAUUAAAUCCGAAGUCGCUUCUCUAGAAAGGAGACGAAAAAAGGCUAAAAAGAAGGAUAAAGAUUCGACAUCACCAAUCUCACCAAACUCCGAAUCUUCACCUCAUCAACCGCCAUUCAUCACAACCAUAAACAAUAAUUUAUCAACCCAAAUUUUAUAAGAAUAUUAUUAUACUGUAAUCAAAUGUAAUCAAUAUCUAUUUGUUGAGUGAACCAAAUAACUAUAACAAUGAAGAUGUUAUUGUUUACGAAUCUUUUUAAAUAUUACAAAAUUACGUUGAUUAUAAUUCAGUGAAACCAAAAUCAACUUUGGUUAAUGAUUAAGCGAACAAAGAUCAAAUUUUGACAAUCGAUAUUACCAUUAACCAUGUGUGAUACAAUUUAAAGUUUCACAUAAUUAAUGGUGACCGAGAUUGAAUUCCAAUUAAUUAGUAAGUUCAUUCAAUAAAUAUCAAUAAAUGACCACCUUGAUUGUUAACAAUAACACUUGAUAAGUUCCCUCAUCAGUCAAUCGAAACCAUCGACUUAUUCACUUUAAAUUUAAUCACCAAUUAAAAACAACAAUCAAAGAAACAAAAUUGUCUACUUUUAAUUCAUGUUAACAUUUUCAUCCAACCGCACAAUUUAAUCACUUUCACACAAAAGACAAUCAACUGAUGAUAAGUAAGUUGAAAUUAGAAGACGGUCCCAAUGUUUUUCUUAAAAAAAUUGGAAAACGUGUUUUUGUUUUAAGAUUUAAAUUGUGAUUAAAUUAAUUGUUUAUUAUUGUUUUUUAAUUGCGAUUUUGUUAUCAACAUGUGUAAUUUAAACUAGUGAUCAUAUUGAUAUGAAAUGAUAAUAAAAAAAGGAAGAAAAUUUUAGUGAAAAAUACAAUUGAAAUCUCCUUGGAGGUUUGAGAAUAAAAUGACUAAAGAAACCUAUCAAACCACGUUUGUUUUCAAUGAAUUCAUUUUCUAAUUAUUGUUUUUAUUUUUCUCAUUUAUCUUGCAGAAUCAUUGUUUCUUGGUGAAUUUGACUAACUUCUAAAUCAAUUUAUUUGUUGUUAAUUUGUAAAUUAUAAAUGAAAUUAUUAUUGUACAAAAACAAAUGAGAGAAUGUAAUUACAAUGUUUUUCUACUCUAAUGGCUGAAAAGCCCGGGAGGUAACCUAAAGGUUACUUGGUUUGGUUGCUAAGCAACCAAACUAGUGGAAGACAUUUUUCUAAUGUUCCACAAUAAAACAAAAUCACAUU